UCAGCUGGAGAUUACCGAGGGAUGAGGCUGCAGACACAUCAAGAAGGCAGAAGCUGUGAAUUUCGCUCCGGGAUUUAUCCAGAAAGUGUGUUUUAUUUGUAUUUUUGGAAAUGCACGAAUUAAACUUUGAAAUCGGUGUGCCGCAGAAACAGGUUUAAGCAGCAUAUUGAGGUCGUGGGCGCUGAGUUAAUGCAGUAGACACCAACAGGGGGGAACUUCUGAUUAUCUGAGACUAAGUUUAGUCACCUUUAAUCUCAGAGAAACGAGACGCUUCUGGUUCACCUGAGAAGGAUAAAAAGCUUCUGAAGUGUCUUUUAAGAAGUAAGAAGGCUCUUUGUUUCUGUGCUGGAAGAGGUUUAAUCCCACCGCUGUGUAUAAUCCAGUCCAUCCCGAUUUUGCCGCCGGCACCAUGCUGUCCAGUGUGCGCCGUCACAGCCUCCGCCUGCAGAAUGAGCUCCACCGGUGGAGCAUCUGCGACGCGGGCAGCCACCCGCUCUCGGACAGCCUCCUGGCGAGGGUCCCCGCCUGCAUCUCUCGCUCCAAAUCCUGCGCCAGCUCCGCCGGGGAGUCGGACGGGAGCAGAGGGAGCUGGUCCUCCUCGGACUCAGUCAUCUCCACCGACUCCGCCGGGGAGCACUCCGCGGAGCCCGGGAGACCGUAUCGGGUGGUGCUGCUGGGGGCCAGCGGGGUCGGUAAGACGGCUUUCGCCAGCAUCUUCGCCGGUGCAGCGGACAGCAUGGACAGCGACGACUGCGAGCUCUGUGGAGAUGAAGUGACUGAAAAGGAAAUUGAAGUGGAUGGAGAGCCUGCCUCUAUAACUCUGAUUGACACCUGGGAUUCAGAGACUGACAGUGAAUGUGUGUACGAGCAGUACAUGCAGACUGGGGAUGCCUACUUGUUGCUGUACUCUAUAACUGACCGGGCCUCAUACCUGAGAGCUUCUGAGCUCCGGAUAACCCUGCGUCGCUUCCGCCCUGCCCAGAACACACCGAUUAUCCUUGUGGGGAACAAGUGUGACCUGGUGCGACGCAGAGAGGUGUCAGUGAGCGAGGGUCGCGCUUGUGCCGCUGUGUUCGACUGCAAGUUCAUCGAGACCUCGGCCGCCAUGCAGCACAACGUCUGGGAGGCUUUCCACGGCAUAGUGCGACAGCUACGUCUACGACGGGACUCCAAAGAAGCCAACAAACGCCGCAGGCAUAGAAGCUGCACUACCCGCCGAGAGAGCAUCCCUAUGAAAGCCAAACGUUUCCUUGACAAAGUGGUGGCAAAGAACAACCCCAGCGUGGCGUUCUGGCUGAAAUCCAAGUCCUGCCAUGAUCUCUCUGUGCUGUAGGAGCCUGAUGGAUGAAGCCAGAUCUACAUCACACCUUUGAGCAGGAGAACAAGUUAGUAGGUGGAGGAUAAGCCUACAUCUGAGGUGGCUACAAAGUUGGAUGGUUCACACGCAGCCUUCACGGUGUUCACAUCCACCCUCCAAACAGCCGGGACGGUGUUAGGAACGCAUUGCAAUCCAGCACAGACUGAGAGGACUCGGCUUAGAUUGUCUGCCUUUGAAAUGAACUUUGUUAGAGGCCUCGUGUCUGUGUGACAGAAAUGUCUAAGAUUAGAAACCAGCUGAUGGAAACUGAGAAAAGGAAGUUAUUUAUUUAUUUAUUUAUUUUGUUGUUUGUGUUUCGAACAAACUCAUUUUAACAGCCUUUUCUCUCCUUUCUUCUCUUUUUUCCUGAUCAGUUUGCUCCGAUUCUUGCCAAAUUUUGACUGUUGAUCCCAAAGUGCUAUGAUUUGUAAGCUACUUUGUGCAGUUAAUGUCUUUGAUUAUGUGUACGAUGAUCUUUUGACAGUUACUUUAUUUAUACGUGUCGUAUUUUGCACUUGUUGUACACAAAAACCACAUUGAUAAUGUAUCUUUUUUUUGUUUUAAGUGUUGCUUGAUGAAAUAAAGUGACAUGACAGCAUUUGAAAGGGAAAAAAAA